CAAAAUGGAAAUUAUGCGAGCUGCGAAGCUGUAGUUAGAUCAAAAACUUACAUCGCAAUGACGUGCAGGAUAAACUGAAAUGUUUCGGCAACCCCACUCUCCUCCCGCCCUUUCGCCAUCCCUUACUUCCUAUGAGAUACCCAUGCCUAGCCCAGGCUACGCCUAGUACUCGGCAGUAUGUACUUUGCUUACGGCUGGCCCAAGGUGGCCUUGACUGACCUUCCCGCUGGCGACACAUAUGUUUAUUUGCAUGCAACCGAAAAAUACCUGUUCGCUGUGUCGCGUACAUGCGUACAGCUAUGGACAGGAGGUCUACACAGGAUUAAGCUUAGCGAAUGCAUUCGGAACGAGGAGGAUGUCAAGCAAGAGGGAUGGCAUAUGGCAGCGCUUUGGUCCCCUGCAAAAGCAACGCUGGCCAUCCUGACGUCGGAGAAUUACCUGCAUUUAUAUGCGAUCCAUUCAUGGAAGGACACGUUGUUGCACCCCUCGUGCAACUCCGCCGCAAAGGACAUCCAGAAAGUGGAUAUUUACCUCCGGAACAGCAUUCGCAUGGAGAGCGAGGCGCGGGCGCUUUCCCUUACCGGGGAUAGCCGUCUGUUGCUCGUCGGGUUUGCGGAUGGCACCGUUGCAUCGCUGUCCUGGAACGGAAAGAUGCGUGAGGUGGCCUACCCCCUGGACGACGCAACCGACUUCUACGACGACUUCUUCGCAGCCGAGGACGAACCCUCGCCCAGCCCCCGCAUGCCCCCCUACCGCCCCGCCGGCGCCCAACAGCACAGCAGCGGCGGCCUCUCCCCACUCCCCGAAUCCCAACCCUGGCAGGACACCCUCCCGCCCCCCUACCUCACCCCCGACUUCCUCCCUGCCGACUCAAUCACCUCCCAAAGCGGCAACCCCCCGCCACCCGCCACCACCCCGGCCGGCGGCAACUCCUUUGCCAGCCUGGGCCCGGGCCCCGGUGCCAGCGGCGGCAGCAGCAGCAACAGCCUCUUCGCGCCGGCAGCCGCCUCCGCAGCAGCCCUGUCUCAGCCGCCACCGGGGCGGGCUUACAGCGGCAUCCCUCCCUCGGAGCUCAGUCGUGCCAUCGUACAGAUGAGCUACUGCGAGGCCAGCAAGCAGGUGGUGAUGGUGCUGGCGGAUGGUGCCUGCGCGGUGUGCAGUACGGCGGAGGGCGGGCUGAGUCCGCUGCCCGAGCUGUGUUUCGGGCGGUGGCUGUGCGGACCGGCGCAGCAGGCGGUGUAUGCGCAGGUGUGCGCGCGGGCGCAGCUGAUUGCGGUGGGGCGGGAAAAUGGCGAGGUGGAGCUGUUCAGGUUGCACCGCACGGCCAACGGCUCCCCGGGGGGUCCGGACUCGCACCCGGGCGGCUUCCCGGGCAGUGGUGGCAGCGGGGGUGCCUCCGGAGGGGCCGCCGGGGCGGCGUUGGAGCCCCCGGUGCGGACCCUGUCGCUGGAGAGCUGGGGGCACAAGGUGCAGCAGACGGGGCCCGUGGCGCAGAUCGAGUGGUCCCCCGACGGCCGAGCGCUGGCGGUGGGCUACGCGGGGCAGGGUGUGGUGGUGUGGUCGCCCUCGGGCUGCCGCCUCAUGUGCAGCCUGCGCCAGCCGCCCCCCGGCGCCCUCUCCGCCUUCCCCUCCCUCGCCUCCCGCGGCCUCUCCGCGCAGCCCAGCCUAGCCCGCCGCUCCAUGAACGCCCCCGAGCACAGCAGCCGCUCGCUGCUGCUCCCCCGCACCCCAGCCUCCACCCUCGGCGGCGCCCCGCCGGGGCCGCCACCCCAGGUUCCGCUAGACGGCGGCGUGAGCGCGCUGUGUUGGGGCCCUAUGGGCUACCAGCUGUCAGUGGCGGAGGUGGGCGGCGGCGGCGGGCUGGGUCUCGGUGCUGGCGGCGGCGGCGGGCUGGUGGAGGUGGUGUUUGCGCACAGCCUGCCGGGGCAGCACAGGGUGGCGCGCGGGGGGCUGGGCAGCGGCGCGGCGGACGAGGAG